CGCUGGCGGUCUGGGUUGGGUUUCUCCGGACUAAAUUGUGACUAUUUUACUUAUCAUAUUGAGAGUUAGUAAACGCCGGAAUGGUACUUUUGGAGGAAGACUGGAAAUCAUGACCACACCAGGCGGACCGGCUAAAGAAAGUUAUCAGACUCGGGCUGUACACAGAACAGACUUUGCGGAGUUGACGCUAUUCUCUUCAAUGCGCCAGUGUAUUUUAUUUGCUGUCCGUUCACUGCUUGUCUGAUUUGUUGGAAAGUUGAGCGAUAAAAACUGGGAUCCAGGAAUGCCCAGGAGAAUACGAGAGAAUGUACAACUGCUCACGUUAUCUCAUAUUCUUUCAGUACAUUGGAACAAAUUACAGUGGUGCAGUGAAAGUGCCUCCACACCACCAACAGGGGAAGAAGGGGGUUCAAAACUGCUUGGAUGAUGCGAUAAGGGGGUUGAGGCCGCUCAACCCGGUGUCUACAUUCAUCUCCAGUAGAACAGACAGCGGCGUCCACGCCCUCUCAAACUCUGCGCACUUUGACCUUCAACGCAAGAAUGACAAACCACCGUUUGAUGAAGAAACCCUUGUUAAAGCCCUCAAUUUUUACCUGAAGCCAGAGGAAAUCCGGAUUACCCAUGCCUACCGUGUUCCUGGUGAUUUCCAUGCACGUUUCCAUGCUCAGUCGCGGACCUAUGUAUACCGGAUAGCCCUGGGCGUCUCCCACCAAAGCCUGGGUCCCCUCACCGAAAGCAGUCUUUGCUGGUUCCUCCGCAACACGGAGCUGGAUGUUGGAGCCAUGCGUGAUGCUGCUGCCCUGCUGGUGGGGACUCAUGAUUUCAGCAGCUUCAGGGCCAUGAACUCAGAAACCCCAUUUAAAAACCCGGUCAAAACCCUGGAGGUAGCCAGUAUGAAGCCAGGGAGCUCCUUUGCACAAGAAUACUUCUACAGAAAGACACAAUUUUGGGAGCUGACAUUUAAAAGCAGGUCUUUCCUCUAUAAGCAGGUGCGGAGAAUGACCGGGGCUCUGGUGGCCGUGGGUAAGGGGCAGCUCUCUGUUCCCCAGCUGAAGGAACUGCUGGAGGUCCAGAACUCUCUGGCCUACCCACACAACUUGACUGCUCCACCCCAUGGCCUCUUCCUCACCAAAGUGGAUUACAGAGAUGCAGAUCUACAGUCCUCAGAAAAGCUGCUUUUUUCCAGUGGAAACCAAGAGGACUAGAGCUUCAUGUACACUGUUUGUUUGUUUUUUGUUGGAUACACAUUAUAGCAAUGAAAGUAUUAUUUUGAUAUGCAGGACAAUAUACAUGCGGUUCUUCUCAUUUUAAAAUCCAAAUCAGGCGUAUGCUCUGUGUGCCAAUGUGGCAGUCACUCGAGGUCACUGUAAUGGAUUCAUUAUUGUGUUGUGUAAUUAUUUACAUGGCUCUAUCUUGAACAA